GGCAGCACGGGGCAGCCUGGGGCAGCCUUGGCCUCCCCACCCUGGGGCCGUGGUCUGAGUGGUGUGGGGAGGGACCCCGGGGGCUCAGCAGGGCUGACGUGGCUACUGGGCAAUUGGGGAGCUGGUGCCGUGCUGGGCAGGAGCUGGUGUGGUGCUGAACAGGAGCUCGUGCGGUGCUGGGUUGGGCAGGAGCUGGUGUGCUGGGCAGGAGCUGGUGUGGUGAUGAGCUGGGCAGGAGCUGGUGUGGUGCUGAGCAGGAGCUGGUGUGGUGCUGGGCUGGAGAUGGUGUGGUGCUGGGCAGGGAAUGGUGUGGUGCUGGGCAGGAGAUGGUGUGGUGCUGGGCAGGAGAUGGUGUGGUGCUGGGCAGGGAAUGGUGUGGUGCUGGGCAGGAGAUGGUGUGGUGAUGAGCUGGGCAGGAGCUGGUGCGGUGAUGAGCUGGGCAGGAGCUGGUGUGGUGCUGGGCAGGAGCUGAUGUAGUGCUGGGCAGGAGCUGGUGUGGUGAUGAGCUGGGCAGGAGCUGGUGUGGUGCUGGGCAGGGGAUGGUGUGGUGCUGGGCAGGAGCUGGUGUGGUGCUGGGCGGGGGAUGGUGUGGUGCUGGGCAGGAUUGCGGCAGCCCCAGCUGAGCAGGGCUGGUGGAAGGGAGGCCGUGGUGACAGCAGGAUGCAGGUCCCACAGGGAUGAGGUGUCGCUGGGGUGUCCCUUCCCUGGUCCUGUCCCAGAUGAGUGAGUGGGGAAUCCCAUCUGGGGACAGUGCCAUCAGCCCUGGGGCUGGCAGGACCUGUGGGAUGCCAAGUCAGGGCACGGUCCCUCCUCCCCACAGCCCCUGUGGGCAGGGCCACUCUGUCCCCUGCAGCCAGUGAGACAGGAGCACUCAGGAUGCUGCUCUGGCAGUGCCAGGGCUGAUUCUGGUGCCUGUGAAGACCCUUUGAGGGUGUGGGCUGUGAGGCCGGUGCCUUGGCUCCCUUGUCCCAUGCAGCUGCCAGGCUCAGGGGGGUGUGUGCUGGGGCACCGUGCUGGGUCUGUCUCUGCAUCCACGCUGGGGCACUCGCCAAGGGCAGCCCCAUGUCCCCCCACCUGCCCUGGGCAGACACAGCCCAUGCUCCUGGGGAGCUGUGACAGCACAGCCCUGGGGUCUGUCAGCUCAGUCUGGGGUGCCAGCAGAGCCUGGGGUGUCUGUCAGCUCAGCUCUGAGUGUCAGCUCAGCUCCUGGUGUCAGCAGAGCCCUGGUCUGUCAGCUCAGCCCCGAGCGUCAGCAGAGCCCUGGUGUGUCAGCUCAGCCCUGGUGUGUCAGCUCAGCCCCGGGUGUCAGCUCAGCCCUGAUCUGUCAGCUCAGCCCCGGGUGUCAGCUCAGCCCUGAUCUGUCAGCUCAGCCCCGGGUGUCAGCUCAGCCCUCAUCUGUCAGCUCAGCCUCGGGUGUCAGCUCAGCUCAGGGUGCCAGCAGAGCCUGGGGUGCCAGCGAGGCCACCGCUGUCAAGGCCUUGACAAUGGCAGCAGGAGCAGCCCUUGGCCUGUCUCUGUGCUGGGAUGUCAGUUGGGAGCUCAGCCGUGCUCGGGGCAGAGCUGGGGACCGGGAGGGCCUGUGGGGCUGCAGGAUCCCGUGCAGGGGGGCACUGGCCCUUGCAGCUCUGCCCCCUCCCCUCCCCUCCCCUCGCAGGAGAUGCGGGCGCUGGGGUCUGUCUGGGGCUGCAGAUAAGCCUGUGGGUGCCAGAUCCGCUUCCUGCGAGCUGCUGGAGGCACCCAGGGCGCUGGAGCCCGUCCCAAACUUCCCCUUCAGCCCCGAGUCCAGCUCUGCCUGCGGUGGUCUGAGGGGGACACGCAGCUCCUGCCUUCGCUGCCCCGGGGACACGGCCCAGCCGAGGGCUGGGGGGAGCAGAGGGGCCGUGGGAGCCCGUGCCCGGGCCCCUGGGCUGGUGUGGGAAGGGGGGGUCAGGAGCCCUGCGUCCUCACAGCCCCCUCCCUGCAGCUCCCGCCGCCAUGGACGACAUCUUCACACAGUGCCGAGAGGGCAACGCGGUGGCCGUGCGGCUCUGGCUGGACAACACCGAGAACGACCUCAACCAGGGGGAUGACCACGGCUUCAGCCCCCUGCACUGGGCGUGCCGCGAGGGCCGCUCCAACGUGGUGGACAUGCUGAUCAUGCGGGGAGCGCGCAUCAACGUCAUGAACCGCGGCGACGACACGCCGCUGCACCUGGCCGCCAGCCACGGGCACCGCGACAUCGUGCAGAAGCUGGUGCAGUUCAAAGCCGACAUCAACGCGGUGAACGAGCACGGGAACACGCCGCUGCACUACGCCUGCUUCUGGGGGCACGACACGGUGGCCGAGAGCGAGCGGAGAAGCUGGGCCAGAGCCUCACCAAGAUCCCCUACAAGGACACCUUCUGGAAGGGCACGACCCGCACGCGGCCCCCUGUGGAAGGGCCGCUGGCAGGGCAACGACAUCAUCAUCAAAAUGCUGAAGAUCCGGGACUGGACGACCCGGAAGAGCCGAGACUUCAACGAGGAGUACCCGAAGCUGCGGAUCUUCUCCCACCCCAACGUGCUGCCGGUGCUGGGCGCCUGCCAGGCCCCCCCAGCCCCCCACCCCAUCGUCAUCAGCCACUGGAUGCCCUACGGCUCCCUCUACAACGUGCUGCACGAGGGGACGAACUUUGUGGUGGACCAGAUGCAGGCGGUGAAGUUCGCGCUGGACAUCGCUCGGGGCAUGGCCUUCCUGCACACGCUGGAGCCGCUCAUCCCCCGCCACCACCUCAACAGCCGCAGCGUCAUGAUUGACGAGGACAUGACGGCACGGAUCAGCAUGGCAGACGUGAAGUUCUCGUUCCAGUGCCCGGGGCGGAUGUACGCGCCGGCCUGGGUGGCACCAGAAGCCCUGCAGAAGAAGCCAGAGGAGAUCAACCGGCGCUCGGCUGACAUGUGGAGCUUCGCCGUGCUGCUGUGGGAGCUGGUGACCCGGGAGGUACCGUUUGCAGACCUGUCCAACAUGGAGAUCGGCAUGAAGGUGGCCCUGGAGGGGCUGCGUCCCACCAUCCCCCCCGGCAUCUCCCCACACAUCUGCAAGCUGAUGAAGAUCUGCAUGAACGAGGACCCGGCCAAGCGCCCCAAGUUCGACAUGAUCGUGCCCAUCCUGGAGAAGAUGCAGGAGAAGUAGCGGCUGCGGGAGACGCCUCCCCCAGCGCCGCCCCCGCCCCCGCCAGCCCCAAGUGCCUUCACCCCCCCGGGCCGGGGGGCCGGGGCCGCCCCUCGCCCGGCGCCAGCCACGGACACACGGUACAGACGCUGCCGCCGCCCCGGGCCGGGACAGGGCUGCCCCGUGCCCCUGUCCCCAGGCCCCCAGCAGCUGCCCCCCAGCCGCCUCACACCAGGCAGGGCCCGGCCCCCGGCUCGUCCCGGGGCUCGUCCCGCUGGCACCGUCCCGGCUUCGCGCUUCACCGCCGCCUCCGGCCCGGCCACGGAACAGCCAGCGCCCAAUAAACCAUUGUUACCGAAA